CAAUUGUUGUUCAAGUAGUGUGUCCAAACAAGUCAAUUGCACGUCUCUACCUUGUCGUUACAAGUCCAAUUCUUCACUACUACUCUCUUUAUUCCAUCAUUAAUCAAUCUGUUACCUCAUUUAACUAAUUGACCAUCAAUUAACUAUGGAGAGUAAAAGCACGGCGGCGCAGCCGGCGUUUCCGGCGGUGUUGGAUUACCAAUCGGGCUUCGGCAACGACUUCUCGACGGAGGCGAUCCCCGGAGCUCUUCCCCGCGGCCAGAACAGCCCCCUCGUCUGCCCUUACGGCCUCUACGCCGAGCAGAUCUCCGGCACCUCCUUCACCUCCCCCCGCAAGCACAACCAGCGCAGCUGGUUGUAUCGCGUGAAACCAUCCGUUACGCAUGAGCCAUUCAGACCUAGAAUCCCAAAUCACGUGAAGCUGGUGAGCGAAUUCAAUCAGUCAAACAGCGCCGCCACGCCGACUCAGCUGCGGUGGCGGCCGGCGGAAAUUCCGGAAACGCCCACCGAUUUCGUCGACGGAUUGUACACUGUUUGCGGCGCCGGCAGCUCGUAUCUCCGCCAUGGUUUCGCCAUUCACAUGUAUUCUGCCAAUAAAUCAAUGAAGGACUGUGCGUUUUGCAGUGCCGACGGAGACUUUCUGAUUGUUCCUCAAGAAGGAAGACUACGGAUCACAACCGAAUGUGGAAGAUUGGAAGUUAGUCCUGGCGAAAUAGUAGUUAUACCCCAGGGCUUGAGAUUUGCUGUUGAUCUGCCAGACGGCCCAUCGAGGGGCUAUGUAGCUGAAAUAUUCGGAACCCAUUUUCAACUUCCUGAUCUUGGCCCAAUUGGUGCUAAUGGGCUUGCUGCAUCAAGGGAUUUUCUAGUACCUGUAGCCUGGUUCGAGGAUAUCUCGAUCCCGGGGUAUACCGUUGUGCAGAAGUUUGGCGGUGAGCUCUUCACUGCGAAACAGGAUUUUUCGCCUUUCAAUGUGGUAGCUUGGCAUGGAAAUUAUGCUCCGUAUAAGUAUGAUUUAAGCAAAUUCUGCCCGUACAAUACCGUUUUGAUCGAUCAUGGUGAUCCGUCCAUAAAUACAGUUCUAACAGCACCUACUGAUCGACCCGGUGUGGCGUUGCUUGAUUUUGUCAUUUUUCCGCCCAGGUGGUUAGUUGCUGAACAUACAUUCCGCCCUCCGUAUUAUCAUCGCAACUGUAUGAGUGAAUUUAUGGGUCUAAUUUACGGAGGAUAUGAGGCAAAAGCCGAUGGAUUUCUUCCAGGUGGUGCAAGCCUCCACAGCUGCAUGACUCCUCAUGGUCCAGACACAAAAACAUACGAGGCUACAAUAGCGCUCGGAAACGAAGCAGGACCGAAAAGAAUUUCCGACACAAUGGCAUUCAUGUUCGAGUCGUGCUUAAUGCCUAGGGUAUGUCCGUGGGCACUCGAAUCUCCUUACAUGGAUCAUGAUUAUUACCAAUGCUGGAUUGGUUUGAAAUCCCAUUUUACGGGUGACGAAUACAUUAGUGAAGAUAGCCAAGAUGUAAAGAAGAAGUGAGGAAGCGUUACUAAAUUAAACUUUCGUAUGAUUGAAGGGUAAAUUGAUAUGUAUAUAUAAGAUGGAAUAAAAUGUGUGUGAAGAAUGUAAUGAUUUUAGUUCCAUAGAGGUUAGCCAUGACUUCCAAGUAUUUGUAGGGAUGUUCAUGAGUCGGGUCAGUUGAUUAUCGGGUCGACCCAACCAAACUGACUUUUACCAAUAUCCGAAACCGUUACUGACCCGACUUUUAUUUGUCGAGUAAUGGUUGACAACCUAUUAUCGGUCAAUUAUAUAAAUUUAAAAUAUUUAUCUUUUAAAUUUAA